GUCGGCCGGGGGUGCCCCGUUCUUGUCCCGUUCUUGUCCCGGUGUUGUCCCGCUCCCGUCCCGCUCUCGUCCCGUUCCGGUCCCCUCAGCAGCGCUGCCGUUUCUCUGCUCCUUCGGCGGCGGGGGCUGAGCCGCGGCAGAGCCCGAUGAGGAGCGGGAGCCCGCCGGGCCCCGGGGAGCAGAGCGAGGCCCCCGGGGGGAGCCCGUUGGCGUGGGCGCCAGCUCGGGGCUGUCCCCAGGCUGCGGCGCUGGCGCUGGGGCGGCCAGGAGAGAGGGGGGCAAGCGGGGAGAGCCCCGCCGUGCUCGUGGCGCUGCCGGUGCCGGGCCAGGCAGCGCCCCCCAGUCCUGCCUGAGCCGGGUGUGCUUGUGGCUGCAGAUGGCGGUGACGUUCGAGGACGUGGCCCUCUACUUCUCCCCCGAGGAGUGGGCAGAGCUGGCGGGCUGGCAGCGGCGGCUCUACCGGGAGGUGAUGCUGGACAACUACGAGCUGGUGGCCUCGCUGGGCUGGGCCGCCGUCAAGCCCGAGAUCAUCCGCAAGCUGGAGCGAGAAGAGGCGCCGUGCGUGCCAGACCCCCCCGGGGUGCGGCGGGGGCAGCAGAGCCCUGGGCCAGAUGUCAGCUCUGAGAUGCAGAGCGAAGCCGAGGGUAUCUCUGAGGAGAUACCAGCUCCCAGCACCACGUCCUCUGGGAUUCCCAGUUUGGGCAGGACGCAGUUGAGUGGCUUGGUCCACAGCUGGCUGGACAGUAGUGGCAGUGGCCCAUCAGGGCACCCGCAUUUCCAUCCCUUCCCAGUCCCCCGGCCACUGGAGACAACCCCUUACACCUGCCCUGAGUGCGACAAGAGCUUCACACGCCAGACAUCGCUGUCCGUGCACAUGCGGAGCCACACGGGCGAGCGGCCCUUCAGCUGCACCGACUGCAGCAAGAGCUUCACCCGCAAGGAGCACCUGCUGAGCCACCGGCGUGUGCACACCGGGGAGAAGCCCUUCGUUUGCGACAACUGCGGCCACCUCUUCAAGCAGAAGAACCACCUGGUCAGACACCAGCGCACCCACACCGAGGAGCGGCCCUUCGCCUGCACCCACUGCGGGAAGCGCUUCGUCCACAGGCAGAAUCUGCUGAGCCACCUGCGCACCCACACCGGGGAGCGCAGCUUCACCUGCGCCCGCUGCGGGAAGGGCUUCGGCCGCAAGCAGCACCUGCUGAGGCACCAGCACAUCCACACCAGGGAGCGACUGUUCGCCUGCGCCCGCUGCCCCCAGGCCUUCGAGGACAGGAUGGCCCUCAUCACCCACCAGCGGGUCCACAGCCGGGAGGAGCCCUGCGAGUGUGGUUCCCCUGUGGCCAAGCCAGAGCCAAUCCCACUGGCAGAACGGGUGGAGGAGAUGGAGGCGCUGGGCUGCAGCAGCUCAGGGCAGCUGGUGGUCCCCAAGGUGGAGCCGAUCCCCGAGGGCGAUGGAGAGGAGCCAGGAACUCUGGGGGAGCCGGGGGGCCUGGAGCACAGCUGCUCAGAGGACUGGCUGGUAAGGACGGUGAAGGUGGAGGAGGAGUACGAGGAGUUGCCGGCCGGCUCCAGCGCCGAAGACACGCUGACAGGGCAGCCCCCGGCCGGCAGCUUCCCUCAUGCCACCGGCACACCAGAGCAGCCGUGCCCGGAGGAGCGGCACUGCGGUGGGCUGCCUGUCAUCGCCGCGUCCUGGCCGCCGCUGGGCCAGGGCCUCACCAGCGCCUGCGAAGGCCGCGUCCACGCACAGCUCAGCCCGCGGCUGCCGGCAGCCAAGGGCGAGUUCCAGCCCUGCCCGCGCUGCGGGACCCCGGGCCCCCCGCGUCCCUUUGCCCGCACCCAGUGCGGGAAGGACUUCCCGAAGAAGGAGCAACUGACCCGGCACCAGCAGGUGCACACAGGUGACUGUCCCCACACCUGCCUCCGGUGCCGCAAGUGCUUCGGCUCCGAGACCGGCCUGGCACGGCACCAGGUGGUGCACAGCAGCCCCUGGCUCUGUGUUUGCACCCACUGCGGCAAGAGCUGCAGCCACAAAACCCACCUGCUGCGCCACGAGCACACCCACCCUGCCACCAGCACCACCGGCACCGCCACAGCUGUGUCCCAACAGAACUGGCCUGUCCCCGCUGCCCUCAGCCCCGCCAUGCCACAGGCUCAGUGCCGGGAUGUGCCGGGGGCCCCGGUUGCUCCCACUGAUGCUCGUGUCCUCAGCACCCUCCCCCGGGCUGGGGACCCUUCCUCGGGACUCGCUGCUGGCUCCUGCCUGUGGAUCCCAACCCUGCCCGCAGCCCCCUGUCCCAGCGGUGUCCUCCUGCUGCUGGUUGCCCCCAGUGUCAUGCUGCUGCCCACCGGCGCCACGGCACAGGGCACGUAGAGCAGCUGCCACGGGUGCUGUGGCCGAUGGAAAAACCUCAGCUCUGAAAUGCUUUUAUAACCCAGCGCCAUGCUCUGCGCCGGGGCUGGCACGGGGUCAGUCAGAGGUGCGGGGGAGCCCCGUGGUCUCUGGCAGGGGGGCUCUCCCUGUGCGGUGCUGCCUGGGUGCAGGGGGCUGUGGGGCACAGGGGCACCCACCCUCUGGGUGCUGCUGCAGUAGGAACGAACCGAAACUGCCAAUAAACUGACUUUUGUCAAUUUUU